CUCUCAGGAAUGAACCUUUUCACUAAACCUUGUCGCAAGGAGGACAUUUAUUUAAUAAGAUGGGUAUCGGACUUACCUUUUUUUUCUCAGAAAAGAGAAAUAUGAUGCAAAAAGAAAUCAAAUAUGGGAUCAUAUGUUUAAUGGCUAUUUCAGCACUAAUUGUCUUAACUGGUGUUGUACCUGUUGCCCGGCUCCGGAGGUCAACUACCAGAAGUAACUUUGUCUCAGCUCCAGGGUCUGCCUUCGAAUUUAGCUUAAAAAUAACUAACCGGAUUUACAAUGAGUCACUCCUGGACGCAAACUCAAUGUAUUACAAACUGCUCCGAAUGGAGGUGGAGAACAUGCUGAAUGCUGUCUUUUAUGAACCUUUUCUUUCUUAUGAAUGUGUAGCAGAAAUGGCAUUCAGUAAUGGAUCCGUGAUUGCAAAUACAACAUUGCAAUUUGGGAAUCCGAGCGAUAACAAGAUAUUGAUCAGAAGCCUCUUCACCGAUUAUUAUAAUUCUAGUUACUCACCUAAGAUCCUUGACCUGGACAUGACUUACAUCCAAGGUGAAAUUCCAACACGAGUCCCAUAUCCUCUGAACACAACCAUGUCGGCUGUAUCGUCCCCAGCCCCAUCCAGCAGCCCUCUGCCCAGCAGUAGCCAACCAGGAUCCACUACAGUCAACCCUCAAUCUAUUAUUACAAGUAGCUCUACAACAAAUAAACGAGCUGUCCGCUCAGCUAAAACAACUAUCCAUCCAACCAAUGAUACAACUGCUCAUCCAGCAAAUUAUACAACUAGCCAUCCAACCACUGAUACAACUAGCCAUCCAACCACUGAUACAACUAGCCAUCAAACCAAUGAUACAACUGUUCAUCCAAUCAAUAGUACAACUAUCCAUCCAACCAAUGAAACAACUUUCCAUCCGACCAAUUAUACAACUAUCCAUCCAGCCAAUAAAACAACUAUCCAUCCAACCAAUUAUACAACUAUCCAUCCAACCAAUGAAACAACUUUUCACCCAACCAAUGGUACAACUAUCCAUCCAAUUAAUUAUACAACUAUUCAUCCAACCAAUCAUACAACUAUUCCUCCCACCAAUAGUACAACUAUCCAUCCAACCAAUGAAACAACUAUCCAUCCAACCAAUUAUACAACUAUCCAUCCAGCCAAUAAAACAACUAUCCAUCCAACCAAUUAUACAACUAUUCAUCCAACCAAUUAUACAACUAUCCAUCCAACCAAUGAAACAACUAUCCAUCCAACCAAUUAUACAACUAUCCAUCCAACCAAUUAUACAACUAUUCAUCCAACCAAUGGUACAAAUAUCCAUCCAACUAAUGAAACAACUAUCCAUCCGACCAAUGAAACAACUAUCCAUCCAACCAAUGAAACAACUAUCCAUCCGACCAAUUAUACAACUAUUAAUCCCACCAAUGGUACGACUAUGCAUACGAACAAUGAAACAACUAUCCAUCCAAUUAAUUAUACAACUAUCCAUCCAACCAAUGGUACAACCAGCGUUCUAAUCAACAGUACAACCAGCCAUUCAAACAAUUUUACAACCAGCCUUCCAUUCCCUAUUAAAACUACAUCUACCCAACACAAUGGCACAAAUAGCACCACUAGUAAUGCAACCACUAGUGGGACAACCACCAUCCAGUCUGGGGGCACACUCAUUCCUUCGACAGUUCACACCGGGGCUACUACUUUAAGUCACACCUUAAGCAAAUCUGACAGUUCAGUUGCCCCUACAAAGGCCAGUGCAGGAAGUACAACCAGUCAUGUGUUGACAGAGAGCAUUGGGGCAGUAGUUCUGGCUCCGAGGGCCCAGCAGGGUGUCCCUGGAUGGGCCAUUGCACUGCUGGUACUGGCCGCUCUCAUCUUACUGCUGCUUCUCCUGCUACUUAUAUGGUUGCUGGUGUGGGUGUGUUGCAGGAGAGACAGAGCCUUCAGCCCUUAUAACCCGAUAGAAAUCCCGCUGUACUCCACACACAGCCGCUUUGAGGUACCCAACGGUAAACCUUUUGAUGAAAUCCCACCCCCAUCAAAGAAUCGAACAGGGAUGUACGUGGUCAAUAAGUGAGCUGUAAAGCUGAAGAAAGUGGAUGCACAGCUCCUGUCUCACGAGGAUCAACAAACUGAAAAUAUUUAAUAUGUAUCAGUGAUUGCAAGCUACUAUCAGAUUUGAUUUUGGUAUUAUGUUUUGAUAUCAUUUCAUUAAGUGCUUCUGAUUUAAUAUGAGAAAUGUUUAAAUGGUUCUGAAUAGGGGAAUAUAAUCAUUUUGCAAAAAGAUUACAAUUCACUUUGUAUUCCCUGUAUUUACUUUUCUUUUCUUAUAUUGAUUUUCUCAUAAGGAUUUUGUAAAUGUGUACAUUUUUGUAACAAGUGGGUAAUACUGGCAACAAACCCUGUAAAUAGCUUUUUAAAUUGAAGGCCUUCAAAUGUUUGAGAGCAGUAAUGGUCCAUGUGUGCUGGAGAUUAAUUUAGGAGACAUAAAAAGUGUUAACACGUGGAACACAUGCCACUGAUAUUAUCUGAUGAAUCGUAUUCUGCAGUACAUUUCCCAUCCUUAUGGGUGGAAUAUAGGAUAGACCUUCUCAAAGACUGUAAUUACAUUAUGAAAUCCCAUCAGAUUUACAUUUACAUUUAGCAGACGCUCUUAUCCAGAGCGACUUACAGUAAGUACAGGGACA